GCUUCCUUUGCCCGACACCCUCCCUCACGAACCAUUCCAGUUUUCCUCCCAGAUCGGUAUUGCAUCGCAAGCAAAUAUGGCGUUCGGAAAGCUCUACACCUACGCGAACAACUCCCGCUCCACGGCUAUCCGCGCCGUUGCGAAGGCCAACGGCCUCGAGCUCACGGAGGUCGAGGUUGAUACCAAGAAUCCGUCCGAGGAAUUCGUCAAGGCCAACCCCAUUCACAAGGUCCCGACGUUCGUCGGCGCCGAUGGCUUCGUCCUCACCGAGUCCAUUGCCAUCGCGGUCUACGUCACCUCCCAGAACGAGAAGACCACCCUACUCGGCAAGACCAAGCAGGACUAUGCCUCCAUCCUGAGAUGGAUGUCCUUCUUCAACAGCGAGGUGCUGCCCAAGCUCGGCAGCUGGUUCAGCCCUCUCCUUGGCAAGGAACCCUACAACAAGAAGUCCGUCGAGGACGCGCAGAAGGCCACUCUUAGGGCCAUUUCGGUCGUCGAGGCUCACCUCCGCGACAACACCUACCUCGUGGGUGAGCGUAUCACCCUCGCUGACCUUUUCGCCACCGGCCUCAUUGCCCGCGGCUUUGAGUUCUUCUUCGACAAGGAGUGGCGCCAGAAGAACCCUAAUGUCUCGCGCUGGUACGAGACCGUCUACAACCAGCCCAUCUACUCGGCUGUUACCCCCGAGUUUGCUCUUCUUGAUACCCCCAAGUUGACCAAUGUCCCCCCCAAGAAGCCUGAGCAGCCCAAGAAGGAGGCUCCCAAGCCGGCUGCCAAGCCCGCGGCCGAGGAGGAGGAGCCGGUGGAGGCUCCCAAGCCCAAGCACCCUCUCGAGGCCCUUCCUAAGGCUUCCAUUCCGCUCGAUGAGUGGAAGCGCCAAUACUCCAACAAGGACACCCCCGAGGCCCUCAAGUGGUUCUGGGAAAAUAUGAACUUCGACGAGUACUCGCUCUGGAAGGUUGGGUACAAGUACAACGAUGAGCUCACCAUGACUUUCAUGUCCAACAACCUCAUCGGUGGCUUCAACAACCGCCUGGAGGCAUCCCGCAAGUACCUCUUCGGCUGCGCGUCCGUCUAUGGCCAGAACAAUGACUCGGUCAUCGAGGGCGCGUUCGUCAUCCGCGGCCAGGACUACCUGCCCGUCUUUGACGUCGCUCCCGACUAUGAGAGCUACGAGUUCACCAAGCUCGACCCUACCAAGUCCGAGGAUCGUGAGUUCGUCGAGGCUCAGUGGUCUUGGGAUAGGCCCACCACUGUCAACGGCAAGGAGUACAAGCAUGCCGCCGGCAAGGUCUUCAAAUGAGUUAAAAAAAAAACAUCAGGAGCAUCACGGGCCGGCAGCGGCGGUGUGCUAGACUAUGGGAUAUGACUGAUGAUCGGGAAUGUACGGGGGAUCGGGACGGGUUCGGAUCCGCUGGUGGUUUAUUGUGCUUUGUUAGCUAUCACCGGCAGUCAAGUCGAGCAUGAAUUGAGCCGACAAAAUAGACACUAGGUACCGCAUCUGCGGGGCCUCUUGCUGAAUGAGAAUCAAUGUCCCUCCUUGGUGUACCUAACGCCCAACAAAAUCCAUCGGAGACUGGUCCUUGUCCUCAAUGCCAGG